AUGAUUGGCCACGGCACAUCAGGAAUGCUUGGUGAAGAUGGCAUCCAUGUUGACAUGGGCCAUUUGAAGACAGGAGAAGUCAACCUGGGAACCUCGAUCAUGGCGAUCAACUUCAAGGACGGCGUGAUUCUCGGCGCCGACAGUCGAACAACCACCGGAGCCUACAUUGCCAACCGAGUCACCGACAAAUUGACACAGGUGCAUGACACCAUCUGGUGCUGCCGGUCGGGCUCUGCAGCCGACACUCAGGCUGUGGCAGACAUUGUCUCUUACCACCUGAACAUGUACGGGGUUGUCAACAACGAAGCCCCCACUACCCAGGUGGCUGCAUCGCUCUUCCAGGAGCUGUGCUACGAGAACAAGAACAUGCUGAGUGCGGGUAUUAUCAUCGCGGGAUAUGACCCACGACACGGCGGCCAAGUAUACUCGAUACCGUUGGGAGGAUCCCUACACAAGCAGGCGUUCGCCAUCGGAGGGUCGGGCUCGACCUACAUCUACGGGUACACCGAUGCACACUGGAAGGAGCAGAUGACAGAGGAGGAAGGCAUCAACUUUGUGCGGAGUGCAUUGCAAGAGGCGAUCAAGUGGGAUGGCAGCUCGGGUGGUGUCAUUCGCCUGGUGGUCCUGACCAAGCAGGGCGCUGUGCGGCACCUGUACCUGCCGGACAACGGCUACACGGGGCCCGGGGUGACGAAUUAA